UCUCUUAAAUAGUUUGAAGGCUGAACGCAGCUCACCUGUAGUCUGAGAGCGACCUGGAGGGAGAACGUCCGUGACUUCUAAUAACAGGGACCAGAGCCAGAGAAACAACCAGAGGGGAGUUCAAACACAUCGUCCACACUUCCGUCUUUAAAGCGACCUCAUAACCAGCGAAGCGACCUGCGGACUUCUGUCGCCUCUGUGAGCGCCACUACGAUGGCGUUCUCCAAGGAACGGGCCCAGAGAAUGACGACUCGUGCUUCAGCAGGUUGGCCAGGGCCUCUCCUCCACGGUCAGGUCACGACAAAGGUCAAAUCUCUCCUGAGAUUGCCAACACUUCAAGAACCCCGUAAGAGAACCGCAGAAGGCCAAAGCUCCGGGAGAGAGAAAAGGACGCAAAGAGAUUCCGCGACGUCUUGUGACUCCAGUUACGAGAGUUAUCCCUCUAGCAGCGUGUCUCCACUGAGUCCGGUAACCUCUGUGGAGGUCAAGGCCCCCUUUCAGGCCACAAGCUCACCCAACAUGUUCGUCAAAAGCAGCUUCGAGUUCACGCCCGACAUCACGGCCGAUGAGGGCGACGAGACCUUCAGGUUGCGGUGCUCCGGUCCGGGUCUGUACCUGUGCAGCGUGACCGGCCUGGUGUUCCACAUGGGGGGCGAUGGGGGGGAAGUGGUUUACAGGAUCGUCCCCUGGGACUGGAGGCUGCUGGACCGCCAUCACAAGAAGCCCGCGGGACCCUUGUUCAACAUCGAAUGCGAGCAGCGGUCCGUGCUCGGCCUUCACCUCCCUCACUGCGAGAUCCAGAGUGGCGGGGGGGGCGACUUCCUGUCGGUGGCUCAUGUGGAAGACGAGGGCGUGGAGUUCCUCCGCCCGAGGGAGGUGACGGAGACUUGUGUCGUGGUGGACGUCUCAGGGCUUUCUGCUUUCGGCAACGUCAAGGACGUGGACUCGCCCUCCCAGCCGGUCCGAGCGCUGGUUCUGCUCUUCUAUCAGCCCCCAAAGGACCCGGAGCCCAAGUCCCUCCUCAACGUGUUGAUGCUGCCGGGUAAUGUGGUGCUGCAAAAGGUGCUGACCGCCCGGAAGGACCAGGUCUACAUAGAGACGCCCCCGCAAUGCAAACUGCACCCGGACCGGGAGUACGUCCUCUCCACGAGUCCCCAGGACGACCGGGUCAUAGUUCAGCCCACCAAGGCCGAGUUUUACUGCAACUACGACAACUACGUCCCGUCCUUCCAGGUGACCCUUGAGACGAGGCUGAAAGAGAUUAAGCUGUUUCUGAAUGAAGGCAUCUGGGAAAGACGAGUCGGCCUCUCCACCGUCAGUGCGUCCCGCAGGUUGAGCGCUCUGGACCUCGUCCACAGCGAGAGGCUGCUCAGGGUACGGAGCGACCUCAUUAAGAGCAUCUCUGGACCUGUGCUCAAGAGUCUGCUGGACCGACUGUUGGAGGAGAAGGUGAUCACUGACGCCGAGAGGGAGGCAGCGGAGGCGAAGCCGAACAGGAGCGACAGAGCUCGCUUCGUCAUCGACGCCGUGAGGAUGAAGGGCGAAGACGCCAGUUUGGAGAUGAUUGGCUUCCUCAUGGAUGACGACUCGUUCCUCUGCGAUCACCUGGGGUUGUUUUGAAGCUUCCUCUGCCGGCCGACAGGACUUCCUGUUUACUGUUGAUGCUUCUCACAAUCUCACAUUUAGUAGUUGAGAUAAUGGGGUCUUUUGUAGUUUUCCCUGAUUUGUCGCUUAUCGAUUCGUACGGCCUUUUACCCAGAAGUCCAUCACAGCGCUCCAUCUUGGAGGAGAUCCCAAUUCCUAAAAUGGACCCUGAAGAAUGUUAAGGGUUCGGCA